AUGACCUCGACCCAAGAAGCCCAGACCCUUCAGGAUGACGGCGUGGGAUUCUCUGUAGCUCCAAGCCCAAACUGUUUGCACAUUGCUUCGCCUUCUUUCGAGAUAUUCCCAGAAAUCGCCACUGCCACCACCAACUCUCACGGAAAAGCACCGCGAAGAAAUCUUUACCUUGAGAAGUGCGCGUGCAACUCUUGCGGAGAUCCCGAAGAAAGCUGGGUUUGUCUCUCAUGCGGGGUUUCGGGAUGCAGUCGAUACAAAGCCGGUCAUAUGGUGGCACAUGCCAAUGAUGCGGGCAGUGACCAUGCCGCAGCUGUCAUUGCUAUUAGUCUCGCUGACCUGAGCAUUUGGUGCUUCGCCUGUGAUGACUACAUCACUCACCCGAAGCUAGAGCCCAUUUUUCGCGAGUUUCAUCUCGGGAAAUUCGGACGUGCUCCAACAGGAGAGCUGCAUAGUGCUAAUAACGAGGCGCAUGGCGCUGUGCUAACCAUGGAGACAAGCGCUACCAAUUCGAAUCUCUCACCGGAUAUGUCCAAAUCGUAACGUCGUCAACAGCUUUGACAGUAUUAUCAGAUCAUUUCACACAGUAUGGUCCUAAUGUGUUUUUGACGACGUGACGUACUUUAGGUCUAAUUUUGGCUAUCUAUAAGGUAGUCUUUCUCGCUGCGAGCAUGUGCCACGUGCAGGAGAACCUAUGCAAAGAAUCCUGACUAUUAGGUCGCACAACUAGUCCCAACACCACUUUCACUAUCACCGUUGAACUACUGUACCAAAGAAGACAAUAUUGUCCCGCCAUGCAGUGCCUCGGAGUCUAGAGUACGUCCGAAACGAACAUCUCUCGUCUUUCUUGAACAAUAGAGUGAUGCACCGAACGUUGCCCGAGGUCGCACGUCUAGCCGUUCGAGUUUCGUCCAGAUUUAUAGCUUUGAAAGAACAUGCGUGACACUGAAUUUUAAUCGCGAGCAGCGGUAGAGGAGGAAAAAGUGUGCGUCUGCCGCUCUGGGCCUUCCCGUUUCGAUACAAAAGUGUAGCGUGCUCGCCAAGCUUUGAAGGGGGCGACCGCAAUCCUCUGACCACUACAGGUGUACGGAAAUCGUGGCAUUUGAGUUGAACUACCAGUGAUCCAUCCGCGGUAAGACGCAACUCUUGGAAAACUACGGGUCUAAAGCAGCAAAAACGAUGAAACGGAAAGCAAAUCCAAAUCCCAGGCAGCGGGCGAGGCGUGAAUAUUCUCCUCCGUCACGAAGAAAGUGACGCCUUCCCAAUAGAAAGGCAUCCAAUAUCAAUUUCGCACACCUUCGGCGCGUCUACGCAAGGCCCGAACGGGGGAUAAAUACUGGUAAUGUGAGCAUUUCCGAUUUUUAGUCCAAUGUGUUCCAGCGUGCACUUGGGGCUGAACGUGAAGUCUGUCGUCACCACUUGUUUCAGGCACAACCGAGGAAUAAAAGCUUGUGCUUGUCACUUUCUCGUGGGAGAGACGUCGUUGAA